AUGAGGAUCUUUACCUACGAAGCAUGGGGAGUACCUCAAUCUGGGUUCGACCCCAACUUCACAUUUGUUCGCUCGCACUUCGUCUCACCAGUCGUCCUCGCCUGCAUUCGCGCCGUACUAUGUCUGUACAGCUUCACUACAAUCAUCACAUGCUACACCUGGCUCGCCCAUAGAACCGCAACCGUCAAUUUGAAAGAUGUCAACAUCGAUUCCUACACCAUCCACCAAGGCGAAGCUGCUAUCGGUCAAUCCUUCAGUUUCUUCACAUACCUUACUUUCUGGUGUCUGGGCUUCUACUUCUUCAUCUCCGCCUUCCAUACUUUUACAUAUGUAUUCCGCCGCACAAGCUAUCUCCACACAUGGCUGCGCCCACUUCAACUCCUGCACACCCUCUACUACACUACCAUAACCACCUUCCCCUUCCUCGUCACCAUCGUCUUCUGGGGAACCAUGAACUCGGGCUGGCCAGCGGGCCGUUUCGAACAAUGGAUCAACAUCAGCGUACACGGGCUCAACAGUGUGUUCGCCAUCGUCGAGAUUGUCCUACCAGCGACUGACCCGCAGCCUUGGAACCACCUCUCCGUGGUGCUGCUGGUGCUGUCGGUUUAUCUUGGGCUCGCCUACUUAACGAGGGGCACGCAGGAGUUUUACGUGUAUGAGUGGAUGAAUCCAGCGCAUGGGUGGCGGAGUAUCGUGCUGCAUGUCGUGGGGUAUGCGGCAGGGAUGAUAGCGUUGUUUGUGCUGGCGAGGUAUAUGGUAGUAGCGAGGAAUUUGGUUGCG